AUGGCUGGCUCGCACGCUUUGAAAGCUUACUUGGCAACAUUACAUGCUUCGGUGUUUGAUCCAAUUCUUGGCAAACGCAAGGUUAUCCAGAUGAUGCGGCACCGAACAGGACUCUUGAAGGCGAAUUUGACAUGCCUAGGAACUUUACCAUCUUCAAAGGACCUCUCUGGCCCACAAAGUUCGGACGAAAAUAUUGAAUAUCCCAUUUUAGUGUUUGAAAUUAAGGAGGAGAUUCGUAAUGUGCCAAUCGUGAACCAGCAGUAUCCUAAUGAGUCGUUUAUGCCUGUUCGAGGGCUCGACGAGCUUCCCAAGCCUCCAGUGGCUAACAGACACACUCCAUCCAGUCAAGCAAGAAAGAUCAGAAAGUCCUUUAUAGAUGCAAGGUGA